CAGCAAUAAGGAACAAAUCAAGAACUACGUUCUGACAACGGACGAAAUCCGAAACUGACAUCUUUGUUCCAGAUUUUAGAUCGUUUAUUCGAUUCGAGAUUUAUUUUAAACGAUGUCAACAAAUAUUACUGAAACUACUAUAGAAACGAAAAAAGACGCGGAGGGCAAGAAUAAAACCAAAAUCUACUGCACAUUUUGCCCUUCAAAAAUGCUUAAUGCCGGGACCGCUAGUCUAAUAAAUAUGGAGUUUGCAUUACCUUAUAUUCAUAGCAAAGGAGAGGGUAAAGGAAAUCAGUCGGAAGCUAUUUUGAAUUAUUGGUUAGUAGAAGAUAUGUAUACUUUUGAAAAUAUUGGUGUGUCACACACAGUAGGUAAUAUCAAGUACCUAGCUUGUGCUGAUUGUGAGAGAGGUCCAGUAGGAUGGCAUGAUUUGUCCAGCAAAAAAUCAUAUAUUGCAUUGUGUAGAGUCAAACAUGAAUGAAUAGGGAUAUGUAUGUUUAUUAAUAAA